CUCGCAGGGCGGGGCCGUUGCUACGGGGCGCGCGCGGCGCGGGAACCGAACGGCGGCCGUGGGGCGUCAUGGCCGCCCUGUGCGAGGAAGAUCCAUCCCUGGAGAGGCACUUCAAAGGCCACAGAGAUGCUGUCACUAGUGUGGACUUCAGUCGUGCUAAGAAACAAUUGGUAAGUGGCUCAAUGGAUUCGUGCCUGAUGAUCUGGAGUAUGAAGCCUCAGAUGAGAGCCUAUCGCUUCUUGGGCCACAAAGAUGCAGUGUUGUGUGUCCAGUUCUCACCUUCUGGUCACCUUGUGGCUUCAGGCUCUAGAGACAAAACAGUUCGUUUGUGGAUCCCUAGCGUCAAAGGAGACUCGACUGUGUUCAAGGCUCACACAGGAACCGUGAGAAGUGUUCAUUUCUCCAGCGAUGGCCAGUCCUUAGUUACAGCUUCUGAUGACAAAACUAUCAAAGUGUGGACAGUUCACAGGCAGAAGUUUCUGUUCUCACUGAGUCAGCACAUCAACUGGGUUCGCUGUGCCAGAUUCUCUCCUGAUGGACGAUUGAUAGUGUCAUCCAGUGAUGAUAAAACUGUCAAGCUGUGGGACAAAACCAGCAGAGAAUGCAUCCACUCCUUCUGUGAGCAUGGAGGGUUUGUGAACCACGUGGAUUUCCAUCCCAGCGGUAACUGCAUUGCCGCGGGCAGUACGGACAGCACGGUGAAGCUGUGGGAUGUCCGGAUGAACAGACUGCUUCAACAUUACCAAGUGCACAGCUCUGUGGUCAACAGCCUUUCCUUUCAUCCCUCUGGAAACUAUCUGGUUACUGCUUCCAGUGAUUCAACUCUUAAGAUUCUGGACUUGUUAGAAGGAAGACUUCUCUAUACUCUGCAUGGUCACCAGGGACCAGCUACCUGUGUAGCAUUUUCAAGAGAUGGAGACUUAUUUGCCUCUGGAGGUUCUGAUGAACAGGUGAUGGUGUGGAAGACCAACUUUGAUGCUGAUUAUGGUGAGGUAGUGAAGCCCCAGAAAUAUAGCAGCAGUGUGGAGGGGACCCAUGGCACUGGGCAGUCAGAAAUGGAUGGUGGCAUUCAUCAUAAGAAAACAAAAACUCAGGAUUCUGUUAGGACCCAUGAGCAGCAAGAGGAGGAGACCAGUCUUGCAAAUACCCUGGAGCAUAUUAUGGGACAACUGGAUGUUCUGACUCAGACAGUUUCCAUCCUGGAGCAGAGGCUGACACUCACUGAAGACAAGCUGAAGGAAUGUCUUGAGACUCAGCAGAAAAUCAUUCAGAACAAAACAAACUGAUUUCCUGAGAUCAGACAGGAGCUGAAGGAAUUGGGAGGUUUGAGGUUGUUUGUGUUCCUAACAGACUGUGUGUGACUUGCUUUAACAAUUUUGAGCACAAUCUAUUUUUCAAUUGCAAUGUAUAGUUACUGUAUCUGUAAAUAGCUUUGUUACUUCACUAAAAUAAAAGCAAUAUUUUAU